AUGAUGCACAACAAGGCGACGCAGCGGGAGGUGAAAACAUUGGUGGUGUGGGACAUCAACGGCUGUCCGAUUCCCGAUGACUAUGAUCCUCGUCUUGUCGGUCGGAGAAUAGAAUCGGCCUUGAAGAAUUCAGGCUUCUCUCGCCAUGGUCCUCUCACCAUCACCGCCAUUGGCGACCUAAGAGAGACACAGUGGCGACAAUGUCCUGGGAGAGCUUUCUUCCACUGGAAUCGCUCUUGA